AUGAAGAACAUGAAUUUGGAUGCUUACAGAUUCUCCAUUUCUUGGCCCAGGGUAUUACCGAAAGGAAAGCUUUCUGCAGGAGUAAACCAGGCAGGAAUAGACUACUAUAACAAUCUCAUCAACGAACUGCUGGAGAAUGGUAUGGAACCAUAUGUGACACUUUUUCAUUGGGACGUUCCCCAAGCCUUGGAGGAUGAGUAUGGUGGAUUUAAGCUCUUGAGUAGUUGUUAA